GUCCCUGACAUCUAGCACGUCUGGAAUCCGGCCCAGAUAACAUGUUGAUGGCUGCUAUGUGUGUGUGACAACCCCGACAGACCGCAUUCCUACAACUCUAGUAGCAUAGCCGUGUGCGGAGGAUGUUUGCCUUUCCCUCUGACCCGGCUGCAGCCGAGGUUGUGUUGGCGCUUCUGUCGCAAACAGACACAGAGCGUGUCGGCGCUGGGCAUGCCCCGUCGCCUCUGUCCUCGUCCAGGAGGCUCGCGUCUCCCCGCCGGGAGACCCACCCCACUGUACCGGUAGCUCCGCACCCAAUCUGACAAUACUGCAGCUGCAGCAAGUCGCGGACGCCCCUUCUCUGAACCGUCAUCGUCUGUCGCCAAGUCAACAAGGACGGAUUACCCUUACUUGCUCUCCUUGGGGAUUUCAUUCAUGUGUGAUGAAUUAUAUGCUUGACGGGCCCUCGCUUGCACCCAUUAGGAGAGAAUGGCAUGGGGGGAAAUUGUGACAUUCGAAGGGCCGAAAUUCACAGGCCGAAUACCGCUAUCUGUAAUACACUUGCUUUAGUUUACGAUCAAUCGCUUGGGAAAGGGCAAGGACGCGUGCCUGCGACAGCGCACUUGGAAAGUCUACAGCGCUGUAAACCACUUGUAACAUAAAUAAUUAGCUAUUAACAUUGUCAAAAACACCAGGAAGCGUUUGAGCUGACCUCGCUUAGAGUUUUCAGCGUUCCGUCUCCUCGGAGCAAGCAGCGCACGCGCAGAUUUAGAAUGGGGUAGCCCGUUGACAUCAUGGCGACGAUGUUCGCCUCCUCGGGCCUUCCUCCUGCCAUGGAGGGCCUGGUGGAGGACGCUCCGCUGCAGAACCCCAACACGCUCACCUACAAUCGGGUGUACAGCAAGGUCGGGAACACGCGCAUUCUGCAGGCGGAGCCGGCGGUCUUGAACUUUGGUGGCUAUGAGCUGGGCAAGGUUUACAGCCAGGUGUUGCGGAUACGCAACGUGCGGGCCAGCGGCACGCGCUUCCACAUCAUUCCCCCCAGCACGCCCUUCUUCAAGGCGACGUGCCCCGCCAAGAAGGGCCUGCUGGCUCCCGGCAUGACGGAGGAGGUGGCGGUGGAGUUCUGCCCCACCCAGUACCGCUACUACUACGACUGCGUGCGGGUGCACUGCGAGGAGGAGAACCUGCUCAUCCCGCUGCACGCCUACCCGGUGGCCAACGAGGCGCUGUUCCCCACCCGCGUGGACUUUGGCCGCGUGGCGCUGGGGCAGGAGGUGGUGCGCAGCCACACGCUGGAGUGCAAGGUGCCUGUGGACUUCGAGUACGAGAUCGUGGAGGUCAAGCCCAAUCCCGCAUUCCGAGUGGAGCCGGCCCGCGGGGUGGUGCCGGGCCGAGGGCGUGUGACGGUGGACAUGUGGUUCUGCCCGCUGGCGCUCACGACGGAGGAGGCAGUCAUCGAGGUCCGAAUCGCAGAGUUCAACUCCAAACCAGUGCAAUGCCGCCUGACCGGCUCCGCCUUCCCCGGAGCCGGCCGCGACGCUGCCCUGGCCGCCACGACAGCUGCCAACACCGCCGCCGCCGCCGCGGUGGCGGCGACACUGGGGCGCGGCGAGCGCACAGCGGCAGCUGCUACAGCCAACGGCAAGCACGGCGGCGGCGGUGGUGCUACAGCCUCUGGGCUGAAGGGGGCGGACCUUGCGACUAUGGAGGCGCUGGAGGGCGGGCUGACCAUGCAGCUCGCCGCCAAGGGGCUCCCGGUCAACCCCGGCGGCGGCACGCUCCGCGGCGGCGCGGGCAACGGCGACGCCUACACAGUGGCCGUGAUGAGCCACCGCGCGGAGGCGGCGGCGGCGCGCGACUGCCGCCGCGACGGCCCCAUCCGCUCCAAGCCGCCGUUGCUGCCUGCGACCGCGGGGGAGACGGAGGUGGCGGGUGUGUAUGUGCCUGACACGAUGCUGCUGAGCGCAGCGGAGGUGGGGUACGUGCUCAACCAGUCGCCCGGCAGGCUGCGUACCAAGGACGUCCGGGGUGCCAUCGAGGCGCGCAAGGCCGCGGCGGCGGAGCAGCAGGCGGCGCUGGAGAAGGUGCUGGGCGGCUCGGCGGGCGGCGGCGGCGGCGGCCGGGCGGGCGGCGGCGGGCUGGGCGGCAUUCACCCGCUGGAGCGACCCGACAUACCCGCGGACGUCAAGGGCGCGCUGUUCCGGCUGCAGCUGGCUCUGGCGGAGGAGGCGGCGCGCAAGGUGGCACUGGGCACGGCGCCGCACAGCGGCCAGCAGCUGCUCACGGCGGAGCAGGUCCGGCGCAUGCAGCGGCAGCGGCAGGAGCAGCACCGGCGGCACCAGCUGUCGGAGGAGAAGCGGGCGGCCAGGCGGCUGGCGCCGGAGCUGGAGGCGGGCGGUGCGGUGCACCAGCCCUCAGCACCAGUCGGCAGUAGCAGCAGUGGCGGCGGCGGCGGCUCGGACCCGGCGUUCAAGCCUGAGUGGCGACUCAUUGAGGGCAGCGACUGGCACAAGCGCACGCGCGUGCUGGACAAGUUCAUGCGGGCGGUGUGGCGGGUGGUGACGCACCAGCGCCUGCAGCGGCGGCUGGAGAGGAUCAAGGAGGUGCUGGCCCACCUGGGCUACGACAAGCAGCGCCUGGCGGAGGAGGCGGCCAACCCCGUGCUGCUGGUCAGCGAGAGCGACAGGCCGGGCACAGCGCCCACCAAGCACAAGCGCACGCGCGUGCUGGACAAGUUCAUCCGGGCGUUGUGCCGGGUGGUAACGCACCAGCCCCUGCAGCGGCGGCUGGAGAGGAUCAAGGAGGUGCUGGCCCACCUGGGCUACGACAAGCAGCGCCUGGCGGAGGAGGCGGCCAACCCCGUGCUGCUGGUCAGCGAGAGCGACAGGCCGGGCACAGCGCCCACCAAGUACCUGCGGCCCGAGAUGGUGCGGGUGCGGCCGCUGCCGCUGUACCGGGACGUGCUGUUCCAGGUCCACCACGCUACCGACCUCAGCCACUACACCGACUUUGACGAGCUGGCGCCCUUCACCUCCAAG